AUAAAAUAAAAUUAUUUUCAAAUACUAAUUCACCAAAAAUAUUAAUUUUUCUCUGGUUAAUUAACUGCAUAGUUAAUAAAUUAACAAUGAACAGAGCUGUAAUCUCUGUAGCUAAAAGAGUUGCUGCUGCUACGUCAACAACGCUUCACAACUCAGCUCCUUCAACUCCAAACAGUAAACUUUUUGUUGCAGGUUUGUCAUGGUCGGUUGACGAGAAGUCCCUGAAAGAUGCCUUCUCUUCCUUUGGAGAGGUUAGUGAAGUGAGGAUUGCGUAUGAUAAGGAGACUGGUAGAUCAAGAGGCUUCGGAUUUAUUAGUUUUUCAAAUGAAAAUGAGGCUGAAUGUGCAAAAGAUGCCAUGGAUGGCAAGGCAUUGUUAGGCCGACCAUUGAGAGUAAAUUUUGCUCUUGAAAAGGUUCGUGGUGGACCGGUUGUCGUCCCACGCAUUUCUAAUGCAGCAGAUGACUUUAGUCGCAAUGCUUGAACUCGCCGUCUUUAGAGUUGAGAGCUGCUGCUGUCUUGCUUACUCUAGUCUCUCUUAAACAAGUUAGAACUCGAGUUAAGUAGUAGCAGAAUGUUAGGUUUGUAGUAGCAGAAUUGAAGACAUUUAUGUGUUCGUUGCAUCCCCGUUGGCGGAUGGACUCGAAGCUCAUAAUGUUGCUGCCUGGUUGUAUAAUUCAUGUACUUCCAAAGUGUUGAGCAAAUAGUGUACUAAAUGCAUUUGGUUCAGUUUCUGUUUUAAUGUGCUUCCAAAUUUUGACUACAGUAAUAUUUCACGAAUGUUAUAAUAGAAUGUUUUAUUUUGGAAACUCAUCUAGUUUAUUCUUCAUUAGUUGUAACUAUUUCUA